AUGAAUGCAGACGAAGCGCUCGAUGCGUCAAAAAAUGAAGAAUCUAGCUCAACAAUUCUAUUCGAUCAAUUAAAUGAGCGUCAUUCGAAUUCACCUGUGGAGAAGAAUCAGUACGAUUUAACAGAGUACGAAGAUGAUACUGACUGUAUUGAAUUAAUUCACUGUCGUAUUGAUGAAAUUCCAGAUUUUUCACGAUUCAAAAAUUUGAUGGAUCUUAGUCUUCGUCAGAAUUUAUUAAGUUCCAUCAAUCAAAAUAUGGCGAUUACGACUUUGACAAAACUUGAACUAUACGAUAAUCAGAUUGAGCGUCGAUUGCAGCAAAUUGAAAAUUUGGAUGCAUUGGUUAAUCUUACUUCACUUGAUCUCAGCUAUAAUCGCCUCCACUCUAUUCAAGGUUUAUCAAAGUUGAUCAACCUCAGAUCGUUAUACUUCGUUCAUAAUAAAAUUACUGCAAUUACUGGAUUAGAUUCUUUGCGAUCGCUUGAACUUCUUGAGCUUGGUGAUAAUCGCAUAAAGAAAAUUGAAAAUUUGGAUAAUUUAACCAAUCUUCGUCAGCUUUAUUUGGGAAAGAACAAAAUUCGUUGUAUUGAAAACACAGAGAAGCUCAUAAAUUUGGAAGUUUUUAGCAUUCCGGGGAAUCGUUUAAUCAACUUGGAUGGCAUUUCCAUCCAUUCAGAUUUGCGAGAAAUUUAUGUCAGUGAUCAGAGGAUUACAAGCUUACUUCCAGUGAAAGAUUUGAAGAAUUUAACGCUAAUUGAUGCAAGUAAUAACGAAAUUGAGAAGGUGGAUGGCGUUUGUGAUUUGCCAUUGCUUGAAGAUCUUUGGUUAAACGAUAAUAAAAUAGACGAUUGGAAUGAAGUGGAAAAAUUAAGUGGCAUAGGGAAUUUGCGAACUAUAUAUCUGGAAAGAAAUCCCAUAUAUCAUAAGGAUAGAACAAGUUAUCGGCGGAAAAUUAUGUUUACUUUGCCACAAGUUACCCAAAUUGAUGCUGCAGCUUGUCGAUGA